CGCUAUUGGACGCUGGUGAAAUUAACCAAUAAUAUUUCGGAUUUUCAAGCGUUACGGCAACGCGGUCGGGAACACACCAGUGAGCGCGGCAACUCAAUGCAUGUCUACCGAGGAGUCUAGGUGGUCCUUUCACGCGUACGGGCGUACCUCCGCACGUGAAUUGUACUUGGUGAUGCAUUUACCCGGUCGUGUUAGCUUUCCCUCGUACCUCAUCCUGUUCUUGUCCGCAACAGUCAUGACCACCAUAGCGUCGCAGGUCAUCCUCCACCCAACGGCGUCUCAGAGCCUCAAUUUACUCGCGACCACUAUUGGACGUGACAAGCUUUACCGAGCUCUUCAGUACUUUGCACGCUUUUGGGCAUGGGCUCUCAUUGCGAAGGGCUAUAAUUCAGAGGCGGAGAGAUGGAAUGCGCUCAAAUCACACCUUGCAACUGGCCGAAAGCUGCUUCGUCUUGGAAAGCCAUUGGAACAUCUUCAAGCAGCACUGAGAGCAGCCAGUUCCUUCACGCGUCCUGGCGAGCAGAUCACUACAAUCCUCCGACAGCUAUGCUACGCCGGAUACCUUAUUUACGAUGCUGCAGUUUGGGCAAACGCAGCUAAAUUUGUUACUUUGUCAAAAGAAGCAAACCAGAAAGCAGUUAGAAGAUCAAACCGCCUAUGGUUCUUCGGGAUUGUAUUCAGUAUUUGCCACGGACUCCUGAAGGCCGGAAGGUUGGCUAAUGAAGCAAAGGGUCUCCGCGGUUACACAUGGGGUGAUAAAUCAGUCAGCACCGAAGCCGAACGUGCCGUCAAAUACACCGCUGUUGAAAAGGAGCGAAAGGUGAUGCGCUCUCAGUUUGUCAUUGACCUCCUAGAUGUUUGGAUCCCUGCAACCAAUCUCGGCUAUGUCAAUCUCAAUGACGGUGUUCUUGGCCUGUUUGGUUUCAUCACUUCCGUCAUGGCCCUUCGAACACAGUGGGCAGCGGCGGCUAACAAGGUUAAGGCUUGAGAUCAAUCAAGUCGGUCCAUUGCUAUGUAGCCUUUUCUGCACAUAUUCGGAUAGUUGCAAAUUCUAUAAUUGCUUUAGAAAUAUAAAGCUGGCAUU